AUGGACCUUCUUCGCCAAGGACUCCAGGACAUUUGUUGCACUUCGAGGUGGCACCCGGCUAUCAAGCCCCGACUCCCCAGACGCCGCUGGAACGAGCGCCUCCUCCCAGAAAAGAAGGCAAGAUUGGAGGAUGACUUUGAAGUCGGGGUAGCUGGCCAUGAGACGCCAGUCCUGGAGUCCUAUGACGGCGAAAUGGCUGUUCUCGUGUCUGAUCUACAGGGAUGCACCUCCACUGUGCGAGAAUGUGGCAUCGUGCACUUUGCGAGCAUUAUCAUGCGAAAGCGCCAGCUGUGUUGGCCCAUUCUCACGAAGUACAGCGCCAUCAAAGUGACAACUGAGGCGGAUAACCUCAUUGUGGCCUUCAGUGCUGCAAGCAAUGCUGUGCGGGCCGCACUGGAAAUGCGAGAAGUCAUCCAUGCGUACAAUCGGUCCCUCAAGGAGGAUCGUCAACACUUCUCCAUCCAGCUGAGCGGCAUCGGCGUGCAUGCCGGAAAGGGGCUUUAUCUCAACGAGCAUGGGGAUCUGCUUGGAGAAGUGGCUCGCGGUGCCUACUUCCUCGGCGAGGAUCUCUGCGUAGAGUCCGAAAUCCUGGUGUCGCAGACAGUGAGGUCCAAGCUUUUGGAUGAGCCUUUCUUUGCUCCGGCGGUGUUCCGAGAAGCGGGGGAGGAGCCUAACAGCAAGAUCAGAUAUUUCAGCUUGGAGGGCGACUUCGAUUUGUCAGUCGACCUGGUUACUUGGGGCCAUCUUUGCUUCCGCUCGCCCAAAGACAUGGCGCGGCUGGGGCAGAAGACCUGA